AUGGUCCCCAACAACUCCCCCCAGAUCUCAAGAACACGAUUCUUCGCCAUGUCCGGGUGGCUCCACCAGCCACGAGGACUCGGAUUUUUGCACGCCAAGGGUCAACCUCUGUGGCUCGUGUCGAAGAGCACGAUGACUCAGCACAAUGUUGGAGCUCUGGUGGUCGUUAAACCAGGGGAGGAAAAGUCGAUUGCAGGAAUUAUCAUUGAAAGAGAUUACCUCCAGAAAAUAAUUGUUCAGGGAAGGCCAUCCAGGUCAACGAAGGUUGGAAACAUCACUCAAGAGGUAUGGACGCACGAAGACCGAGGCAUCGAAGAAGUCUUCUCCAGCGACCAGAGGUGUGAAGAAGACCCACCACUUACGUACCAAGACAGUGGUGCUCCAUAUUUUCUACAGAUUGGAGAAUCAUCAGUGAACAAUGGCAGCCUCCAUCGAAUAUUUAGCAGCUCGCCGCGGGCCGACCUGGUGGACUCUUCCUACACAAACUCUAGCUUCCUACUCGCCUUGGAGUAUUCUGAUCUGAUUCACCCUACUCUCUUUUUCAGCCAUGGAAUUGGGCUUGAUAUCAGCGAAUCCAUCAAACAGGUAUGA